UAUUGAUUGACCAAAAGAUAUUUUACAAAAGCCUUUUCUCUCCCCCACUAGUGCCUCCUUCCUCAUCUCUCACUUGAAUCUUCUUCUCCCACAUAGCGUACAAAUCACAAACUCGCUCAAUUCCUUCUCUCUAUCUCUCUAUUCGAACCCUACGCUCUUCGUCUUCAAGAAUCAAUUAUGAAAGGAGGUAAAUCAAAGGCUGAAACCAGGAGCUCUAAGCUCUCUGUGACCAAGAAGCCUGCUAAAGGAGCAGGGCGUGGCAAAGCAGCUGCCAAGGAUCCGAACAAACCAAAGAGGCCAGCCAGUGCUUUCUUCGUUUUCAUGGAAGAUUUCCGUGAGACUUUCAAGAAGGAAAACCCCAAGAACAAGUCUGUAGCUACUGUUGGAAAAGCUGCUGGAGACAAGUGGAAAUCACUGUCAGAUUCUGAGAAAGCUCCUUAUGUUGCCAAGGCUGAGAAACGUAAGGUUGAAUAUGAGAAGAACAUUAAAGCUUACAACAAGAAACUGGAGGAAGGUCCAAAGGAAGAUGAGGAAUCUGACAAGUCAGUGUCAGAGGUCAAUGACGAGGAUGAUGCUGAGGAUGGUAGUGAAGAGGAGGAGGACGAUGACUAAGAAGUUGGAUGGAUGGCUGGUAGCAUUAGUAUAGAUGGCUGCAAAAAUCUCUCUGGGGUUUUAUCUUUAUCUUUUUUACUUGAAAUGUUAAUGGUGCUGAUUAAAAAGGGGUCUUUCUUUUUUAUCUUUCUCUAUGUAUUUCCACAACCUCCUCCACUUAAAGAAGCCCUUUGGAUGGAGAAAGUGAAUUGUAGAAUGUUUAGAUGGUGAAAGAGAGACUUGCAGCUCUGUACUCUUUGCUCUAUAAAACGAUUUUUAGUUUUUGUUUUUCUUACCUCUUCUCAAGUUUUUAUAUUGUUUUAUGA